AUGGCUGAAGAUUCCAACAACGAUGACUUGUUAGAGACAACUGUCUUCAAAGAUAAUUGGGACGUCUAUCCGGUUCCCAAGGAAUCCGAUAAUCGCUCGUCAAACUCAGAGCCUCCCGGGCUUGAGGAGGAUGUUUUGUCAGAAGACACAACGGUCGCCGAUAGUCCAAGGACACCGCCAGAGUCUGAGGAAGCAAAAACUAUCACGGUUACAGUGUCCGAGAAUGCAGAACCAGGAGACGCUACAGAAAUUCCAGGAGGGUUAGAGGAGCACAACCAAGAGACACUCCUAGAGGAGAAGUUGGGGAUGAGUCCUGGUCAAUCAUUGGAAAUCGAUGAAACACCAGAGGCACCAGAAGCAACGCGGACAGAUAUUCAGGAGAAUCCUUCUCCUAAAACUCCUAGCGUGGCUUCGAAGAAACUUCCAAGACGUCGCCCUCGACGUAUGAGGCCGUCUCACCGCACAUGGGACGAGGAAUUAAUGCCGUAUGGUAAAAUGAGGGGCGUUUUUGAUGAUGGUGAUGAUGAUGAAUCAGUCUGCAGCGACUCUGGCGACAAUCCUGAACCGAACAAGGACCAGGUCGCCAUAAAUGAGGAUUGGUCAGAGUCAUUGUUCGAUGAUGAAGAUCUCGAAUUAAUGCUAGAUAACUCACCCAGCCGGCUCGAAUGGUUGCGACGAAAGCGAGAGAAAGAUGAGAAGAACGAGCAUCUUGACCAGCUGAUGUCGAUGGUUGGCCUCGAGCAGAUCAAAGCGCAUUUCCUCGCCGUAAAGGAUCGAGUGGAUACUGCCAAACGCUGGGAGGAAGAUAUGAAGAGCAUAAACCUAGAUUUGAUCUUAGAGGGAAAUGAUGGGACUGGAAAGAGAAGGAUCGCCUGGCUUUACGCCGAGUUCCUCUAUAGCAUUGGCGCCAUCCCGCGACGGAGCUUCGAACGAAUGUCGGGAUACAGCAUAGAGGAUGAGACCAGCGAGGCGACGGUGACAUUCUUUGAUGAAGCGGAGCGAAUCAAUCAAAGUUCUGAUAUUACGAGCAUCCUCGAGGCUCUUAAAAAGAGGCCAGAUCCUACCGUUCUUAUCCUGUCGUACAGGUCAAUAAAGGAAGAAUUAAUGGACGUUCUCAACCACACUGAGGAAUCGCGCGAUCCCUUUCCUAAGCCUAUUGCUCUCAAAAACUACGAUGAGGCUGAGAUAGCGGCGCUCCUAAAGCGGUUGGUUAAAAAGAGGCCAGAAUUUGAGGAUAUUCACAAUCAAGAACUUAUCCUACGCUUACUGGCCCAAAAGCUCGCGCAACAAUGCAACAAGUCCCAUGAGACCUUCACCAACAUCCACGACUUGCAAAAAGAACUAGACGAAUUGGAUACUCGACGGAAGAAACGUCACGAAGAGGAGUUGUUGGAGUGGAUGAAGAAUAACUCCCCUGUCGAGGGUGUACCUCUCCAUGAGCAAAAGCCGAAGCAGGUCGGGUUCGAGGUUGAGGAUGUGCUGGGUCCCAAGCCCUCUGAUCUGAGGGAUAACAGCGCUGCCUGGAAAGAGUUGCAAAGUAUGGUUGGCCUGCAGGGUGUUAAGGAGGAGGUCGAUCAUAUUUUCAAUUUGGCCAGCGUCAAUCGCCAACGAGAAAUCGAAGGAAAGAAGAAUUUACCGAUCAUCCUGAAUCGCUGUUUCUUGGGAGAGCCAGGCGUUGGCAAAACCACUGUUGCGAAGAUAUACGGAAAGAUCCUCACAGACUUGGGCCUACUAUCAAAAGGUCAAGUUAUCGAGAAAACCCCAAAUGAUUUGAUCGGGCCCUAUAUCGGCCACUCGGAGAGGAAUACGCGACAAGUCCUCGAAGAGGCCAUGGGUAACUUGCUCAUCAUUGACGAUGCGCACAUGCUCUACCAAGGGACAAACAAUUCCGACUCCUUUCGAACUGGCGUCAUUGAUACCCUUGUAGCCAAUAUCUCGGGGAGCCCAGGUGAAGACAGGUGUGUUCUACUAUGCGGCUACGCUGACAAGAUGGAGGCGAUGUUCUUGAAUUGCAACCCCGGGCUACAGCGCCGGUUUCCCUUGGAGAGUGCCGUCGUGUUCAACAACUACAAUGAGAGUGAGCUCUGCCAAAUCCUUGAGCAGAAAAUGGCGAGCGACGGGGUGAGCAUCUCGGAAGGCGGCCGUAAAGCUGCCCUAGACGUUCUGAGGAAGAUGCGUACGAGGCCUCGCUUCGGAAACGCUGGUGAAGUGGAGAGCCUGCUGUCUCGGGCGAACCUGAGGCAGGUAGGAAGAUUGCGUGCUACAAGAUUGUAUCCCGUCGACAAGAGUGACCACCCUUUAGAGGCAGAGGACUUUGAUCCGGAUUUUGAUAGAGCCACUCGUGCGGACCAGGCACGACAUGGUCUGUUCAAGGACUUCGUGGGCUUCGAGAAGAUCACCGAGCGAUUCAGAAGAUAUCAGAAGAUGGCAGACGGAAUGCGAAGAUAUAAUAUAGACCCGCGACCACAUAUCCCUUGGGCGUUUGUGUUCAAAGGGCCGCCUGGGACGGGGAAAACAUCAACGGCUAGGAAAGUGGGCAAAUUAUUCUACGACAUGGGCUUAAUUUCAUCGGACGAGGUCAUUACCUGCUCCGUCACGGACAUUAUUGGCGAGUAUCUCGGGCAAACUGGACCCAAAGUCAUCAGCCACUUUGAGAUGGGACUCGGGAAGGUCCUGUUCAUCGAUGAAGCCUAUCGGUUGACUGGAGAUAAGUUCCACAAAGAAGCUGUCGACGAGAUCGUAGAUGCCAUGACCAAGCCGCGCUACGUUGGAAACAUGGUUGUCAUCCUAGCUGGGUAUGGAGAGGAGAUGGAGAAACUGAUGCAAACGAAUCCGGGACUCCGGAGUCGGUUCCCUACCCACAUCACGUUCCCGAACCUGACGCCAGCACACUGUCUGCAACUCCUCAGGCAAUCUCUUGCGAAACUACAGAUCACGAUUCCGCGCGAUUUGGACGGACCUGGAACUGGAACUGGUAGAGCCCUUGACGAGCUUUUCAACCAGCUGGCCCGUACCAAAGGGUGGGCCAAUGGCCGUGAUGUUGAAACCAUCGCGAAGAACAUAAUUGGAGAUGUAUUCGUGAGAGUGGGCGAAGAGGAAGAUGGUUCGCCGUUGGGUGGCCUCCAUCACCGCAUCUCGUCUGAGACUCAGGGCCUCGACCCAGCCGUUCCCAACCAUCAGGUUUUCGCCUACCACGAUUACUCCAAGACUCAAUAUGUAGAGAGAGAGAGAGAAACCAGCAUGAGCCAUUCCAGCGUAUCCAUACGUCGCAAGUCGUGCGGCCCCUGCUUCAAGGGGCGCCGCAAGUGCGAUCUCUCAUACCCAGUCUGCAAAAGAUGCGAAAAGAAUAACAAGAGCUGCAAUUACGUCUAUCCACCCAACCAGCGAGCGGCGACCAAUGUGGAGCUCUCCAAGUCCAAGGGACAAUCAUCCCUCGCAGAGACAUCUUCGGCCGGCAGUCCGACAGAUGAGCUUGUCCCCAUUCAGGACCGCAGCCCAUCCCGCACGCAACACCAGCUCAACUGGGAUGGUUCCUUAAUAAAGAUACGCCUUCCAGAAUCCCUCGGUGUGCCGUCCAUCAUUGGCCAUCUGGGCGUAUUGGAGCCCGUGUUCGGCCUGGGCAACGAUGCAUGGAUCUUCGAGGAGAUGAAAGCCUGUCCAACCACAUAUGCCCAGGACACAGAGACCUUCUUCAUCCACAAAGAUCUGAACCAAGGCUCUCUGGCCCCUGGUCCGUUACGGGCCGCCUGGGGAAUCUGCGCAGGAUGCAUAACGCUCAACAGCCGCAACCGGAAAUUCCUCUUCCAGGCCGUGGAUGCUGAGUUGGCAAAACUACUCGUACCAACCCCCCUGAGCACGCUGUUUGAGGAUCUUGUCAGGCUACAAGCAAGUGUCCUGUACCAGAUGAUCAGAAUUAUCUACGGCGGGAUAGAGCAGCGCAAGGCGGCCGAGCAGCAGGAAUAUGUGCUCAGGUCACUUGGCCUCAAGCUCCUUCAGAGAUUGGAUGCCAGGCACGAAAGAACGCAGAACGCUUGGGAGGCUUGGCUACUGAGCGAAAGCGUCCGGCGCACUGUCGUUGCCACCUUCAAGCUAUACACGCUCUACUGGUCAUUCAAAUACGGCGCGUGCACUGAGGUAAAUGCGAUGGCCCAGUUGCCCGUUUCCACCAAGACGGGAGUUUGGAGCUCCCCAGAAACCUUCUUGCAGUACCCGAGCCAAGAUGAGACCGUUCCUUACAGAGACUUCAUAUUGUUGAAAUCCGUUACUCCUCGCGGCUCAUUAGAGACGUUUGAAAAGAUGGUGGUCGUAAGCUGUAGGGGGGUGGCUGAGGAAGACUACUUUGCAAUCAGGGAAACGUUGUAA